AUGGGUAUCUCUGGAGAAGAUGAGCUUUCUGAGAUGGUCAGAGAUUUCUUGGAGUCAGAUUCAACUUUCAUUUCUGCAGCUGGGAAUAAUAAUUAUAACGAACACUCCUGUGAUGACGAACCACACCAAGUUGAAAUCGUUGAAGAUCACCAACUCUCUCUCCAGGAGAUUCUUGAGAAUGCUACAGAAGCAGAAACUGAGAUUCUUGUAAAGAUCAUGUCUUACUGGAGAAAAGAAGCUGCAGGGAUGAAAAUGGAGCCCAAAGAGCUUAGGAAAUGGAUGGUUUCAAGAUUGAGAAUGGAUGGCUAUGAUGCUUCACUUUGCAAGACUUUUCGCGUCAAAACUUCCACUCGCUCAUCAGCAUUAAAAUUUAGUGGCGAUUAUGAGUACAUUGAUGUGAUGAUGAAGGGCAGUGAGAGUGAGAGGGAGCAGUUAAGGGUAAUUGUGGACACAGAUUUGAGGUCACAGUUUGAGGUGGCGAGGCCUACAGAAGCCUACAAGGAGCUUUCAAGCUUUCUCCCUUGCUUUUUGAGUACUGGUGUUGAGAUAAAAUUUAGCAGGUGUCAGACUGUCAGUUAUUGUCUUGGAGGAUACUUGGUUGUUACAGAAGCUGCUGAAAAACAUGGGUCAGAUUUUUAA